AUGAAUCUACUGCUUAUUGCAGUUGCCAUACUGCUCUUCUUUGGUCUCAUUGUAUUCAUUCUGUUGUUUGGAGAAAGUCCUCGAUUAAGGAAUGGUAUAAUAGGCAAGGCAAACCGGGCACUGACGGUGUAUAUACCUCGAUGGAUAAUAGGGACAUUGAAGAAGGUCCUCGGUCCGAAAAACUGGAAUCGUCUCUCUCAUUUAUGGCAUUAUUGUUUUGAAUCUCGUAAUCCCUUCCUACAGAUCUUCUUUAUGAUCCUUACAAGUGGUUCCAUUUAUUUAUUUCUCAAAUACGGAUUACCCCACAUCCCUGGCAUUUACCUACACUCUACUCAUUUAAUCAUCAUCCCGAGCCAAAUUGUAUCACUUUACCUUUCGUACUACAUGGCGUGCACGGUCGACCCAGGCACCAUCACUGCCGAGAAUGUACAACAAUACCUAGAUCAUUUCAAGUAUGAUGGCUUACUCUAUCAACCCAAGCAAUGCUCCACAUGUCGAUUACAAAAACCUGCACGUUCCAAGCAUUGUUCAAUGUGCAAAGCAUGCAUCGGACGCUUAGACCAUCAUUGCUUUUGGAUCAAUCGCUGCGUGGGUGUGAACAAUCACCGUUUCUUUUUCAUCUUUCUCUUUACAUUGGUCCAAUUUUGUGCCUAUGGUGCCUACUUGUGCUUCCAGAUUUAUCGUGGCAUGAUUAUCGAAUGGGGAUUGGAUGCAGCUUACGUGAUAGACAAGAAAACAGGACAACAUUCACCGAUCACUUUUCGUAAAGCAUUCUUGCAUGUGUUGCAAAAGGAUCGAAUCAUUGGAGCAAUUGGUAUUCUUGCGACUGUAGUCUCGUUGGUGGUGUUCUUGUUCUUCCUUUACCAGCUUUAUCUUGCUGGCCGUGGAAUAACAACCAAUGAAGCAUUCAAGUGGGAAUUGAUUGAAGAUUCUAUUGAUCGUGGCGAACUUUGGCUUGAAGAAGAGAAUACCGCGACGAAUGAUAAAGACAAGGUCAAGAAACGAAUGGAUGGUUCCAAGAAACGACAACGCAAGGUGGAAAGUUUAGAAGAGUUGGAUAAUAUUUAUGAUGAAGGCUUUUAUCGCAAUCUGUAUAAUGUAUUCUUUCCGCCUCGAAUGAAAAAGGCAGCAUGA